UCAAAUAAAUAAAUAAAUAAAUAAAACAGGUUCCUUAAAUAUUUCGAAGAAAUUGCCGAUUUCCGAGGUAGUUAUGUGUAUAACAAUAUCAUGUACGGAUUGGCGACUUUAAUUACGGAGAAACUGGCCAACAACACAUGGGAAGAUGUAGUCACAGAGAAAAUUCUUCGUCCAUUGGGGAUGCAUGACACGACAUUUGGCACAAGGUCUGGUGAGAACGUGGAGAACAUCGCCAGGUCUUAUGUGGAACAGGAAAAAAGACGUCUGGUACAAGUGCCAUCUUCUUUCAAACGGAAAUGGGCCAAUCUUGGUGCUUCCGGCUCAAUACAGACUUCUGCUAAUGAUAUAUCGAAAUGGAUGCGGUUUCUCCUCAACGGCAACACUUCGCUUCUGUGUAAUAUUUUCAAAGUUCGUAAUUAUGCAAUACAAACUAAAAAUCGAUUUCAUCGACCGGAGAUGCCGGUUGAGUAUACCAAUGAUCAAUAUGCUUUUGGAUGGAAUAAAGGUCAUUAUAGAGGAUAUCCCAUUAUAGUACACACAGGAACAAGCUGGGGAGAUGCCUCAGUUUUGCUCCUUUUCCCAGAAGAAAAAUUAGCAGUCUUCGUUGUCUUUACUGGCUCAGAUACCAAACAUUUGAAAAGAAUAUUAUUAGCGCAAUACGUGGCUGAUCUAUAUCUUGGUUUUGAACCCUGGAUAAAUGCAACUUCCAUAAAGGAUUUUGUAGUUCCAAAGCAUAAAUCCAAGUGUCCGAAACCACCUACAAGAAGAAGCACCAUUGGUUUGUUUCCCAGAAAUUUCCCCGAGUGUCGGAAAACAGUUACGAAACCAAGCAAUAUUAGUAGCUUACCAAGUAAUUUUUCUAACUAUGAUGGAAUCUAUAACAAUAUAUUAUGGGGAAACAUUUCCGUAACUUACAACACGGAGUCACAAGGACUAUUCUUAACAUACGGUUUUGCAACAUUUCAAUUGCUUCCAAGAUCGCGUACACUCAGAGCUUUCGCAGCAAAAGGAAUUGGAGAAAUGUGUUUUAUGAGACUGUCUUCGGUAAAUUUCGGAUAUACUCGGAACCAGGGAAUUACAUCGAUGACAAUUCCGUCCUUCGAGAGGUCAAGUCCACCAACGUUUUUGAAAAUAAGUUAAACUAGAAACAGAAAGCACACACAUACACACAAACACAUACACGCACACACACUUGCAUACACACGCGCGCACACACGUUUACAUGUAUUUAGACAUGUUUUCUCUCUUCUCUCUCUCUCUCUCUCUCUCUGUAUAAUGUGUGUGUGUGUGUGUUUAUAUAU